AAACUGACGGCUGAGACAAUAGUGCCACGCUCCUUUGAAGAUCGGCAAUUCCCAUACCAGCAAUCCCCAAGCCCCUCUUUGCAUCUACCAGUGCCCAGGCAUUAAGUACCCACAUCGUCAUUUGCUUCCCUGCCUUCUCUUUUUUUUCUAGCAUAAAAUGGGCUCUCCUCCGCCAAAUGCAUACCGGCCUGGGACUCAGAUAACUGUAGGGUCCCACAAGGUGGCAAUACAGAAGUAUAUCUCUGAAGGUGGCUUUGCACACGUCUAUUUGGUAGACAUCUCGCCGCCAUACGGCGGUUCGUCGGUUGCGUGCUUGAAACGUGUCGCGGUGCCGGACAAACCAACGUUAAACAUUCUCCGUGCAGAGGUGGACGCGAUGAAGCGGUUGAAGGGCCACCGCCACAUUGUUCUGUACAUCGACUCACAUGCGGCACGUAUGCCCGGUAGCACAUCGAACGUGCAUGGGUACGAGGUGUUUCUUCUCAUGGAAUACUGCUCGCGCAAUGGGUUGAUCGACUUUAUGAACACGCGCUUAACGCAUAAGCUCACAGAGCCAGAGAUUCUCAUGAUCAUGGCGGAGAUCACAGAAGGGGUGGCCAACUGCCACGCGCUUCAACCGCCGUUGAUCCACCGCGACAUCAAGAUCGAAAAUGUGUUGGUCAACGGUGACGGCCGCUACAAGCUUUGCGACUUCGGCUCCGCUGCGCCCGCGUUGCGCCCUCCAAAGAACGUGGAAGAAUUCCAGGUGCUCCAGGAUGACAUCAUGCGCCACACCACGGCGCAGUACCGCAGUCCCGAGAUGGUUGACUUGUACCGCGGCUUUCCCAUCGACGAGAAGGCAGACAUCUGGGCCUUGGGCGUGUUUUUAUACAAAUUGUGUUACUACACAACACCGUUCGAGACCUCCGGGGAGCGCGCCAUCCUCCACGCGCGCUUCCAGUUCCCACAUCAACCACAGUUUUCGGAUAGAUUGAAGAACGUGAUAUCGGCGUGUCUCCGCGAAGACCCUAGAAAGAGACCCAACGCGUACCAGUUGCUCGAAGAGGUGUGCAAGAUGCGCGGUUUGGGUGUUCCUAUCCGGGAUUACACCCAGGUGCAGGUACCACCAAAGCCUCGGACCAAUGCUAGUGCCCCUGAUUUAACCCGCCCCGCCACCCCGCCAAAGUCAGCCAAGGUGGUGCCAAAGCCCAAGCCCGACUUCCUGGGCCUCAAGGCAUCCGCAAAGGUGAAGCUCCAGGACAUCCAGAUGGUUAGCCACGAUUUAUCCUCAGACAGCUCCGGCUCAUCCCUUGGAUCGUUAUCGCCACAUCACAAAGACGCGGCCCGCGAAUCGCUGCGCGUAGAGCAGCUUUCACGGUCGUUCAAGCAUGUUUCGUUGUCAACACCGUCAUCCAGCACCAACCUAAAGGACAUCUCUAUAAAGUCCAAGAACAUCUCUGGCUUUUCCAAACCUAAGGAAACCUCCAGUUUAGGCAAAUCGGAAAAGUUGAAAUACGACGGUGGGGUAUCGCAGAGAAGUAAACCGAGCACGGAGCUGCUUUCGAGACUGCUCCCGCGAACCCGGGCAAGUGUGGAGCUGCAGCGGGCUCGGAACAGCCCUAGACCGGUGAGCAUGCACGGCGACCUCUCAGACUCGACGGAGGACCACAAGAGCUUGAAGGAGAUUAUCCACAAAUUGUCUAGCGACAGCGACACAUACAGGCCAGACGAGCAUAUUGACGACAACUUGGAGUUCCUCCGCACGUUGGAGAAGCAAGAUAGCGGCAGAUCAUGGCGGCUGCAGAAGACCGGUGAGUCUAUCAGACGGAUCUCCACCGGCAGUAAGAAUGGUUGGAAGCGAAGCAGCAUCUCCGGGAUCAAGUCGUUGCUCACGGGCGAUAAGAAGGGCAAAUCGCAGCCAUCCAGCCGCAACGUUAGCGUGGCCCAGGAGCCGGCGAGGAAGAGUUCCGAAACAGGUUAUCCGGCCCGACACAGCAUGGAUGCCUACCGCGAGAGUGAGGUGUCGGUAAAGCGAUCGUCGUCGAUCCAGAGAAGGGUCCAGGAGUUGUUGGGCCGGAAGUCCGAGCCAGCCGUCAAAACAGCUACAGGCUACGGUAAAUACACUGAACAAGAGAAGGUCAAGGGCCCAGCCGUGCAGAAGAAGAGCCCAGAGGGCACGUUCAAAGUGCCAGAUAAGGUGGCUGUCCCGGAGAAACGAGCCCUGAAGGUUAUAGCGAAGGUGUCAGUGAAGGUUUCGCCCCCUCACCCUGUACUGGCUGCUACCAAGAACUCACAACGGGUGAUUUUCCCUCAGAAGGCGGAGCCAUCUCUGGGAAAUAUGGUGCCAAAGUUGCCAACCAUUCUACGGACCUCGCCGACGCUUUCCAAGGUUUCUACGCCAACCCAGAUUACCACAGCGCAGAGUUUCGUCUCCAAGACCGCGAAGCCCAGCCCAUCCACCUCAAAGCUAGGCCCGCCGUCGAAGCCAAAGAAACCCGAGUAUUUGAAGUCGCCAGCGACGAAAAUUGGCAGGCCAGUAAAGGAGGAAGACGACAGCGAUUUUGACUCACUGUUCCCCGACAUCGACCUUCUUACCCAGAGCUUCAAGCAGCGGUACCCCAGUGCUGUAUAGGGUACAUAUAUAACCAGAUAUAAGACUUAACGAUGUCAUAUUUGCCCUGUAAGAUCGCCCGUAGAGGGUGGAAACUCUACGUGUAUACCAGAAAACGAGGGGGCUUGCUCUC